AAAGGACACAAAAGCUUCCAUCCAUCAAGAUGACAUUUUCCUGUUUUGCAUUCCAUCAAAAAAACACUGCGCUUCACUCUCCAUCCAAAAUUCACCUCACUCGAAACUUGUGUUCCAAAUUGGUUCAUUGAAACCAGAAGCCAUUCUAUCCAAGAACCUACUUGGUAUAUACCCACAAACCAAGAUCAUAUAACAACUCUCACCCUGUUCAGAGACUCAGAAUUCUCUCUAGGCAGAGAGAGGGAAGGAACAAGAAUCAAGAUAAAUGGCAGUUUGUACAGUCUAUACUACCCAAUCCCUCCACUCAACAUGCUCAAUCUCCACACCCUCAAAGACCCAACUGGGGUUCAACCAGAAGAAGCAAAUCUUGUUCUACAACAGUGGCAAGAGGGUCACCAACAGAGGCAUCACCACAGUCCCAUGGGUGAUCAGGUGCUCAGGGGACACAAUAGUGAUUGGCCUAGCAGCUGACUCAGGCUGUGGCAAGAGCACCUUCAUGAGGAGGCUGACCAGCGUAUUCGGGGGCGCCGCCGAGCCGCCGAAGGGAGGCAACCCGGACUCGAACACCCUCAUCAGUGACACAACCACCGUGAUAUGCCUCGACGACUACCAUUCCCUGGACAGGACUGGGAGGAAAGAGAAGGGAGUGACUGCACUUGACCCAAGGGCCAACAACUUUGAUCUCAUGUAUGAACAGGUUAAGGCAUUGAAGGAAGGCAAGGCUGUGGACAAGCCUAUCUAUAACCACGUCAGUGGCCUCUUGGACCCUCCUGAGCUCAUCAAGCCUCCCAAGAUCCUGGUCAUUGAGGGACUUCACCCAAUGUUCGACCAGCGUGUUCGGGACCUGCUGGACUUCAGUAUAUAUUUGGACAUCAGCAAUGAGGUCAAAUUUGCAUGGAAAAUUCAGAGGGACAUGGCCGAGCGAGGACACAGUCUCGAGAGCAUCAAAGCUAGCAUUGAAGCCCGAAAGCCAGAUUUUGAAGCCUUUAUAGACCCACAAAAGCAGUAUGCAGACGCAGUGAUUGAAGUGUUGCCAACACAGCUAAUCCCCGGUGAUAAUGAAGGGAAGAUUCUUAGAGUGAGGUUGAUAAUGAAAGAGGGUGUCAAGUAUUUCAGCCCGGUGUACCUGUUUGAUGAAGGCUCGACCAUCUCUUGGAUCCCAUGUGGAAGAAAGCUCACUUGCUCUUACCCCGGUAUCAAGUUCACUUAUGGCCCCGAGUCUUACUUCGGCCACGAGGUGUCUGUGGUGGAGAUGGAUGGGCAAUUUGACAGACUAGAUGAGCUCAUCUAUGUGGAAAGCCAUUUGAGCAACCUCUCCACAAAAUUCUAUGGUGAAGUCACCCAGCAGCUGCUGAAGCAUGCCGAAUUCCCCGGAAGCAGCAACGGCACUGGUCUCUUCCAGACCAUCGUUGGCCUAAAAAUCAGAGACCUCUUUGAGCAACUCACAGCCAGCAAAGCAGCCGCACGAUUAGAAGCCACUAAAGCUUAGGAGCUUCCAAAUACUAGUUCCCCUCUUUCUUUCAUCCUUCUGUUUUCACUGUUCAUUCAUGGUUUAAAGUGACUAUUGGGGUUGUUGAGAAGGGAAGGAUCUGCAUGUAUUUUGUCAUCAGGACAAUUUGUUGUAUGGAGAUCUGUAACAUAGACAAACAGGGGCAGAGAGAUCAGUUACUCGGUAAAAUACAAAAAAGAGAUUGGUACA